UCAGAGUUAGUACCUGUUUGGAAAGAGAACAGCGACGCCUCCUUUCAUCUAUAACAAACCCAUUAACCCACUCCGUCCCAAUUCACUCUCUCCCAUGUAUCUCUCUCUAUAUAAAUAUAUGUGAACCCCUCACUCUCUCUUUAAACCAUCCUCUUCUGGUAUUCCCUCUUUCUCAAAGUACUCCUCUGGCCCCAGAAAUGGACAUGGAUGCCGCAGAGCAGCUUGUGGGGUCGUCCACCUCUCUUAGCGUCGCCAAAGGCAAACGCACCAAACGCCACAGGCCCUUGUCCGCCGCUCUUGCCCACUCCACCUCCUCCUCUGCUUCUGCCGAUGAUUAUACUUCCUUUAAUUCCUCCGCCUCCACCACUUUUGACGGCGCCGAAAUGAUGACGCAAGACAUGGCUAAUUGUUUGAUUCUCUUGGCUCAGAGCGGUGAUGCUCCUCAUAAGGAGCAUCCCGCCACCAAGAACAUCAGUGGCUUCUACGUCUACGAGUGCAAAACUUGUAGCAAAUCCUUCCCUUCCUUCCAAGCCUUGGGUGGACACAGAGCAAGCCACAAGAAACCUAAGGUUGAGCCCCCGCAACCACUCACCGCCCAAGUCAUGAGUUUUGAGUCUGAAGAAGGAGGGGAAGAUCAGUUCAAAAGCACUCAGAUUUCUCUUCAAUUAGCGCCCAACAAGGCUUUCCACAGCAACAAGGCAAAGAUUCAUGAGUGUUCCAUAUGUGGGUCGGAGUUUACGUCUGGGCAAGCACUGGGCGGCCAUAUGAGGAGGCACAGAGCAUCGGCCAACACCGCCGCCGUGGAAGUGAAGCCCAGGAGCGUCCUCGAAUUAGAUCUUAAUUUGCCGGCGCCGGAGGACGAUCUGCGGGAUUCCAAGUUUCAGUUUUCACCCGCGCCGAAAUCUCUGGUGCCGUCGGCUCCGGCUCUGGUGGACUGUCAUUAUUGAAAAUGAGAGAAGGAAGUUUUCUUUUUUUUUUUUUUUUUAUAAAAAAACUGGGAAGAUGCGGGGGGCGAAUGAUCAAUGUGAAUUAUGAAAUAGAGCGUUUGUUUUAAAUUCAGAAUCAUCAGUUAGCAUGGAUAAUUAUGGAUUCUUUGGACGAUUCAUUCAGUUUAUAUUUAAUAGAUGACACAGUGUGUUGUUGGAGUUAGAA